CGCCCUGCAUUCAUGAGUACUUCCGAGCUCCCAAUGGUUUCUUUCGAGUAGGUACACGUGUGGCGUCUUCUUUGCUGCAUUCCAAUGGCGUCCGUUGAUGGAAGCACUUUGAAAUCUUGUCUCCGGGCGGCACGUGAAGCAAUCAGCAAGCGAGAGUUCAAAGAUGCGAUCAGAGAGGCACGUGCAGCUUUAAAGCAUGACAAGCGCAGCUAUGAUGCACUUCUUUACAUUGGAAAGGCCGCUUUCUCCUUGGAGGAGUAUGCACAGGCUGACGUUGCGUACCGGAAAGCGAUUGAAGUCAAUGCCGCUGGUUUGCCAGCAUGGCAGGGCCUGGCCGAGCUGCACGGAAGCACCGGGGACCAUGAGAAGCUGGCGGAGGCGUGCGCCCACCUGGUGGAAGGCUGGGCCGCAGCGGGGCAGGCAGACAAGGUCAGCCAUUUCCGCAGGAAGCUGGCGCAAGCACUGCUGGACCAGGGGAAGAGGGACGAGGCGCGCAGGCUGUGGAGGGAGGUCCUGACAGCUGCUAAGCAGGGCACUGAGGAGCGCACUGAGGCGCUCUGCGCCUUAGCUGAGCUUGAGAUAGUGGAGCAUGCAGAGUGGGUGGAGCGCGAGGUCCAGCAGCGGAGCAGCCGCCAGAAGAAGCUUGCCAAGCUGGCCGCCAAGUCAGGGCUUGCGGCGGAGGUAGGACCAGUGGACCUGGAAGCGAUCAAGAGACAAGUUGAGGCUGACAGCGCUCCAGGUCUGGACAAGAUCCUGGAAGUCAUUGUAGGGGAGACAGCCUCGACAGCGCAGUAUGCCAAGUACCAUGUGUUGAACCUGCAGAGGGCACUGGCAAGGCUGCUGCAGGCACCGCCAGGUAGCUUUGCAGAGCUCGAGAACCUUGUCCUGGCCCGCAGCCUACGCAUGAUUGCUGCCGGCACUUCGCUGGCGGAACCAUUCCUGGUAGCGCUGGCCCUCUGCCAAGAAGAUGCUGUUAUGGACCUGCCCGCCUGGAAAGAGUUUGACCCUAACCAGACUCGCGAACAGCUAGCCAGGCGCCUGGGGCUCAUGUUCGUGCAUGCUUUUCCGAACCACGGCCUGGGCUGGAUUGCAACGUCGGCAAACCUUUAUGCCAUCCAGCAAAGCAGCCCGUCUCCAGACCUGGAUGCCGUCAAAGCGCACUGCCAGCUCGGCCUCAGGCUGGACCCCGACUCGCCCCACGGGUGGCACGUUCUGGGGACGGUGCAGCUUGUCGAGGCGUCCGCCUCCGGGGCCCUCCAGUGCGUCCAGCGGGGCUUGGAAGCCGUGGCGAACCUGCGCGAGCGCUACGGGCUGCGCCUACGUCGUGCGGAGCUGCAGCUCCGGCUGCUGGAGAGCGCCGCGCUCGUCUCUGCCGGAAGGGCGGGCGACGCAGCGGAGCAGCUACAACUUGUAGAGGACGAGUGUGAGGUACAGCUGGAGGGGGCAGACCGGGACGAGGUGCGUCUGGCUGCCAUUGAGGGGCAGGCACGGGCAGCGAUGAGAGCAGCGGCAGAGGGGGCGCAGUUCGAUCUGGCCCGGCUGGCGCUAGAGAGAUUGCUGGCCGUGCAGCCGGAUAACGCGUGGGCGUAUGCACAGCUGGGGGAUAUCGCGCUGCGGGGCGAUGACGCGGGGCCCGGCCUGGAGGAAGCACGCAGGAACUUCGAGAGAGCGGUCGAGCUGAAGCCCGAGGAUGCCUCCUUCCACUUCAGCUUGGGGCAGAUCUACUGGCGGCUGGGCGGGCCGCUGAAGGAGGACCGCCAGUACGCGCAUGCGCAUUUCCUGGAGGCUGCGCGCCUCCAACCGGGCCUCGCUGGCGCGUUCACGUUCCUGGGUCGCUACUACCGCGAGGUACAAGCCGACGAUCUGCGUGCGCGCCGCUGCUUCCAGAAGGCCGUGCAGCUGGACCCGGACGACCAGCACGCGGGCACUGCUCUGGCCGACAUGAUGGCCGCCUCGGGCCAGCGCCGUGCGGAGGUGGCCAUGUGCCGCGAGGCGUGCCAGCGCAGCCCGCGCGCGUACUGGGCGUGGCGGCGCGUGGGGUUCCUGGAGGCGCGGACUGGGCGGUGGCAGGAGGCGCUGGUCAAUUUGCAGCACGCGCUGCGCGGGGACGCCAAGGACGGGCCGGCCUGGGAGGCGCUCGCGCUGGCGUACCAGAGGCUGGGCAAGUUCACCGCGGCGCUCAAGGCGUACGGCCAGGCCGAGAAGCUGGCAACAGCGGAGGGCAGGGUGCCCGUCUUCACGCUGCUGCAGGCUGCCAGCAUCCAGCUGAGCCUCGCCAACUUCCGCAAGGCCAGCGACAAGUACGUGGCCGUGCUGCGGCGCGCGCCCACCCACGCGGCCGCGCUUGCUGGCCUGGCGUCCGCCUUGCUGGGCCAGGCGCGCCACUUCCAGCAGCAGGGCGCCGCGCAAGCUGCAGCGGACCUGCUGGUGGACGCGAGCAGGGCCGCGCAGCGGGGGGUCACCCUGCACGGGAACAGCCGCCCCCUCUGGAAGCUGCUGGGUGACAUCGGCCUGGAGCUGGGCCUCGUGGCGCCCCCACAAGAAGGCCACGUGUCCGAGGACGGCACGCCCUCAGCAGGCAUGGCUCACGAGUUCCUGGGACGGCUGGAGGCUGCUCGCCGGGUGCGGCUCAGUGCUUUGCAGAAGAGCGCGCGUGCGUACCGGCACACCAUCCACCUGAACCCGGGGGAUGCCAGCGGCUGGGCGGACCUGGGCACGUGCCUCAAUCACCGGGCGGACUUUGCGCACCCAGCCAGCGAGGGAAAGCUGCGGCCGUUGCACUGGGGCUGGGGGACGGCGAAACUAGGAGCGGCGAGUGCUGUUGGAGCGCCGCUGGCGGACCAGGGGCUGCUGCUCAGGACGCUGGCUGAGCGGCUGGUGCUUGGCGGGCUGGCCCUGGACCCGACAGCCGGGGGUGUGUGGGCGACGCUGGGCGCAGUGGCGCAGGAGCGGGCCCUCCAGCAGCACGCGCUCAUCCGGGCACUGCACAUCAACCCCAAACUCAGUGCGGCCUGGAUCAACCUCGGGCAGCUGUACCUGGCAGAAGGCGACUUUGCGCUGGCCCGCGCCACGUUCGACCAGGCGCGCAGCUGCGACCCCGUGCUGGCGGUCCCCUGGGCCUCCAUGGCGUGCAUGGAAGCAGCGGAGGCGCGCGACGCCAAGCAGCGGGAGGAGGCGCGGUCCACCGCGCGCCACGCUGUGCAAAUGGGUCCCACCGCCACGGGGCAGCUCGGGUACGCGACGCUCGCGGCGGGGCUGGGCCAGCUGGGCAGCCCCGAGGUGUACAUCGCGCUGAGGCAGGCCACGCUGCAGCUGCCGGCGGUGGCGGCGGUGCACAACCUGCUGGGGCUCGCGUGCGAGGCGCGGGGGCUGCUGCCGCAGGCGGUGGCCAGCCUGGAGAACGCGCGCGCAGUGGGGGCAGCGCAAGGGGCGGGGAAAGAGGAGGAAGAGGGCGUGGCGUUCAACCUGGCGCGGGUCCUGGCCAGGGCGGGGCGGCAUGCGGAGGCGGUGCAAGAGUACGAGAAGUUGCAGAAUGCGGGAGCGAUGCUCCAGGAGUCGUCUGCGCCUGCAUGGCGGCAGUACGGCGUGUCCCUCUGGCGCACCGGCCGUACCGACGCUGCGACCGCGGCGGUGCUGCAGGCCCUCCAGCUGGCACCGCCGCCGCUGCCUGACGAAUCGCCUCCCAAGGCGCACACCGCAGCGCUAUGCGCACUGGCGUGGAUCCAGUACCAGGCAGCAGGGCCGGCCCAGGCGCUGCAGACGCUGCGGGAGAGCGUGCCCGAGUGCUGGCAGGACACGCAGGUGGGCAUGACGGCCCUGGCCCUGGCCACGCUGGCCCGCGACAACACGAUGAUCGCGUUCGCCAUCAGCAAGUGCCCCGCCCUCUUUGAACACGGCUCCGCCCCCCGCAGCAACCAACUUCUCAGCUUAGCGCACAGGUUGCAGAAGAACCCUUCGCGCGCCCUCCUCCACCUGCGCACGGCUCUCCACUCUUCCCCCGACAGUCUCCGCCUCCGUGCCGCUCUCUCCGAGGCUCUGCGCCUGGACCGUCGCCCCGAGCAGGCCCGCCAGGUGGUGCAGGGAGCGACGCGCCCAGCGGCGGGCGGGUGGGGAAACUCCGACUCGGUGGAGGAACUAGGGGCGUGUGUGCAGGAGGCUGCCGAGGGCCUCUUCGCCCUGGGCUGGGCAGCAGAGCGGAGCGAGCAGAACGAACAGUUGUUUCGCGACCUGCAGCGGUGGGUCAAGCUCGAUCCGGCGGCCCCCGGUGGCCGGGCGGUGCUGGCGCUUGCGGCUGCGCUGCGGGCGCAGGGCGGGGAGGGGCCCCAGAGCGGGCGGUGGGAGGCGGUGCACAGGCUCUGCGGGACGGCGCUGGAGGCGGAGAGGAGAACGACGGAGAGCAACCGUGAGGGAGCCGAUGGGGAAACCCGUGUGGCGCUCUUGAGGACGCUGGACGCGGAGGCGUUGUGGCGUUCGCGGGUGAGAGCGGAGCGCGAGAAGGGCCGGCAGCAAGCACGGCUCCUGCUGGAGGGGGCGCGCGGACAGGAGGAGGAAGGACGCGCGCGCUUGCACUUGGCGAGGAACCGGCGGACGGCGGGAGUGGAACUGGCGGGCGCGGUAGAGAGCGGGGGCAGCGUGCAAGAGCACCUCGCGCAUGCAGCAUCCCAGGGGGCGAGCGGCCGCUACGGAGACGCGCUUCAAACGCUCGAAGCUGCAGAACACGUGGCCGUUCUGUCGGGGCCCGAGCAGCGCUGCUGGGCGACGGCCGUGCGCGUGGCGCGCGCUGAUGUGCUGCUCAAGAGCGGCGACGCCGAGUCUGCGGCAGCCGUAGCGACGGACGCCGUCGAAGAGGAGCCGGACAACCCGCUCCUGCUGCUGCUGCAGGGCGCGCUGCUGUCACUGGCGGCGGAGGGUGGUUCCGGCGCCGAGGCUGCAGCCGCUGCGCGACGCGCACUGUCGCGGGCGGUGCACCUGUUCAAGGGCGGCGGGCGGGGCAGCCCCUGGGCGCACUACCUGCUGGGCCAGGCGGAGCUGGCGGCCGGCGGCGGCAAAAAGGGCCGCGACAAGUGGGAGGCCGCCACGCUCACCGCCUGCCGCCAAUGGCCUCACGAGGCCCCGCCGGCGGAGCUGCUGUUCCAGCUGGCGGAGCUGGCGGCCGCGUCGGAGCGCGUGGGCGGGGCCGGAGUGUGCCAGUACGCGGGCGCGGGGCCCCUGCUGGCCGCGGAGCAGUGGCGGCGCCGAGCGGUGCACGCGCACCCGGGCUUCAGCGCGUACUGGGCCAGCCUGCGGCACUGACGCGGGAGCCGCUAUGGUGGACCAACUGGGGGCUGCGGUGGGCGCCAAAUUUCUGAUGGCCGAGCUCUUUGGAGCACGGACAGAGCAGCU